AGAGGAGCGGGCGCGCGCUGUCGCAGCGUAUCGCGACUAUACGCGAGCUAGCGACUCCUCGGCCCUAGCGCAUCGAUGGUGUGUUAUUUGCGCCUGCGCGGAGGAGCACGUGUUUGCGUGUCCCGGAAGCACUCCCUGUCCCAGAGCGGCUCCCAGACUCAGGCUGGUGGGAUCGGGCCUUGCACGCUGCGUUACCGGCCGGUUGCCUGCGCCGCUGCCGCCUUCCCCCCACCAUGUCCCGAGGCUCCAGCGCCGGCUUCGACCGCCACAUCACCAUCUUCUCCCCCGAGGGCCGCCUCUACCAAGUAGAAUAUGCUUUUAAGGCUAUAAACCAGGGUGGCCUUACAUCAGUAGCUGUUCGUGGGAAAGAUUGUGCAGUAAUUGUAACACAGAAGAAAGUACCUGACAAGUUAUUGGAUUCCAGCACAGUGACUCAUUUAUUCAGAAUUACUGAAACUAUUGGAUGUGUAAUGACAGGAAUGACAGCUGACAGCAGGUCUCAGGUUCAGAGAGCCCGCUACGAGGCUGCUAACUGGAAAUACAAGUACGGCUAUGAGAUCCCAGUGGAUAUGCUGUGUAAAAGGAUUGCAGAUAUUUCUCAGGUCUACACACAAAAUGCUGAAAUGAGGCCUCUUGGUUGCUGCAUGAUACUGAUUGGUAUUGAUGAAGAACAUGGCCCUCAGGUAUACAAGUGUGAUCCUGCAGGUUACUAUUGUGGGUUCAAGGCCACAGCUGCAGGAGUCAAACAAACAGAGUCAACCAGCUUUCUUGAAAAGAAAGUGAAGAAGAAAUAUGACUGGACGUUCGAACAGACAGUAGAGACAGGAAUAACUUGCCUGUCUACUGUUCUGUCCAUUGAUUUCAAACCUUCGGAACUAGAAGUUGGAGUAGUUACAGUUGAAAACCCUAAAUUCAGGAUCCUUACAGAAGCGGAGAUUGAUACACACCUCGUAGCUCUAGCAGAGAGAGAUUAACUAGUUUUCCUAGUCGCAUUGACUGCUUCUGGCCAGGAUGUUUGGAAAAAGAAAACACUUAUUAAUGGCUCUGGAUUAUGGUUUGAAAAUGGAAUGCUAUAUGGUGUAUUUUACUCUGUCCAAAUAAAACAGAGGUUUUUGAAAACGUU